AUGAUCCAGGCGAUUGCUGCCUUCUCUGGCGGCCUCUGGGUUCAGAAUCGCUUGAGCGAUCUGCAGCUCCCGCACCUCAGCCGCAGAGUCAACGAAGCGGAAACUUUUAAACUGUCCGUGCGGGUGAUUGCUGCGUCCAUCCCGGGGCUCUCCGACAACGGGCUCCUUACGAGGGAGAGGCCGCGAGUGGCGGCCGUCUUGGGGAACGUGCGGAAGGAGACGGAGUUCGGAGACGUGGCGGACGACGACGAAGACUUCGGAGUUGAUGAUGACAUCCCCUCCUGUGAUUGGAAGUUCAACGAAACACUGACCUUCGCGGCCUCGGUGAACGACAUCAUGGCUGGGCAGACGGUCCAGCUGUGGCUCCACACCAAGAGCGACGUCUACCUCGGCCCCUUCCAAAUGAACCUUGCCAGGAAUCGGGACGUCGGAGUAUGCUCCGUGGAGAUCCGAAAGCAGAUCCUGCCGGAAUGUGUCCCCGUGGACGAACGAGCAGGGGACUCGGCUCGCCACGGCGAGUCUCCACCGGGGGGUGCGAAACGAGGCCCCCACCUGGUCUGGGAGACGAAAGUUCUCCCCUUUGCGCUGACCCAUGUGGACUCCAACAGCGGCACGGGGAACUUCGUGCUGGGCCAG